GAUGUUUCUCUUUGGCAUAUGUAAAUCUAAUACUUUUCAUGGUUAUAAGCUUUUCCUUCAGCCUCUGAAUGGUGGUUUGAAAAUUGGUAAAGAAAUACUGAGCCUACUAUGUGGACAUGUUUUCCAGGAAAUCAAAAAUUUGGUCGACAGUUCUGUGGCUUUAUCCUGGGACAUAUGAGAUAAAAUUCAUUGUUGAUGGUCAAUGGACUAUUGAUCCUCAAAAGGAAUCAGUUUACAAUGGUGGUAUUUGUAACAACAUUCUACUAGUUGACAGAUAACUUCAGCUUACAGGGGAGUCAGUUUAUCGACAAGGUGGGGUUGAUUUAUUUGCCAAAACUUUUACUAAAUACUAAUUCCAAAUCUUACUUCAACCAUGGUUACCCGCUGCUCCUGUUGUCAGUCUGAUGGUGAAAAUAAGACAUUUCUUUGGAUAAAAAUCUGUCGAUCAUCAACUUGCUGUCGAGGAUGAAGUUUGAUAAAAUGUGUUUCAAAAGUAGUUUACUUGAGCUAGCUAUCAUAAAUUGUUUUGAUAUAUUGUUAUGUCUAAUAGAUUAUGAUGAGUAAGUAGCACAGAAAUUCAGAACAUGCAAUUCAUUGAUAACCAUGGUCGUGUCUUGUUUUUCAGAGUACAGACAAAUCAGAUUGCUUCAAAGUAUAAUGCUUUGUACAGGGAAGAAGCAGGCACAAUGCCCAUUGUAGGGGGGGAGGGGGAGCUCGAGAAAUGAUCAUCAGAGUGGAUGAGGUUUGACCUUUACCGAAUAAAAAAUAAGGGCUUCAACCCUCUAGGCUCUAGCAACUGUUGACAUUCAUUUGCCUACAUGCUUUGUUGGGAAAGUGUUGAUGUCUUCCAUGUCCUAAUGUUUUUAAGAUGCUAGUUUAUAAGAAAAUGGAUUGCUGCAUUAAGAAACUCCAUUUCUUAUAUUUCAAGGCAUGGAAACAGCAAACUUCCUCAGUUGUGGUGCUAGCAGCCUACAAACGAUUAGUGUGCCGAAAUAUGUAUUUCUGAUGUUAAUAAGCUCUGAGAGCACAAGUGUCGUGCUCCAAAAAUCCUUGAGGGCUCCUAGAAAUCUAGAACAUGGAAUCUUGCUACGAGGCUUGUACGACUUGGAACUGCUGAAAAUCAGUUCAACUUGUGGAUUAUGAAUAAUUAUCUUGAAAUAAAGCAGCGGUCUUUUC